CCAUAAAUACAUGGUCCCCGGGCAUGGAGCAUGGAGAGGGACAGGAGCAAAGCGCAGCGCCAGCAGCAUCUCUUCUACCUUCCUAGACACCUCCACUUCGCUACUCCAGAGCUGGAAGUCAGACUUGCAACCAACAGGCGGACUCACGUCCUUUCCUUUCCUCUUCCAAGAGCCACCCAACUCCCGGCUGCGCUCCUCCAGCCCCUGCGGCCAGCGCUAGGCGGGCAUCCGCUCCCUGAGGCUGCCGCGCGGUGCAGCGUCGAGCAUCCUCGCCGAGUUCCUUUCUGCUCUCCGUCCGUCUUCCGCCCUCUCCCACACCUGCUGCUCCUCUUUGCCUCUCUUCCGCAGAAUCGUAAGGCCCCAGCCCUCGCCGGCGCCUCUUUAGCCACCUCGCCCUUCCCAGCCCCCGCACAUUCCCAAGCGCCCGGUCUCCUCCGCUGCCAUGAGCUCCCCCAUCGGCAAGAGCCGCUCCCUUGCCGCCUUCCUACAGGAGCUGCGCAGCCUGGGGCAGCCCCCCAGACCCGUGACAUCUACGGCGUGCGCGCCCCGUCGGCCGCGGGAGGUGCCCCUCUGCCCCAUGGUGGAACAGGGCGAGGCGCAAGACGCGGCCGCCCUGCCCGGUCCCACCAAGUGGCCACUGCUGGGCAGUCUGCUGGAGAUUCUCUGGAAAGGAGGGCUCAAGAAACAGCACGACACGCUGGCGGAGUACCACGAGAAAUAUGGCAAGAUUUUCCGCAUGAAGUUGGGUUCCUUCGACUCGGUGCACUUGGGCUCGCCGUGUCUGCUGGAAGCGCUCUACCGCACGGAGAGCGCGUACCCCCAGCGUCUGGAGAUCAAACCGUGGAAGGCCUAUCGCGACUAUCGCGAGGAGGGCUACGGACUGCUGAUCUUGGAAGGAGAAGACUGGCAGAGGGUCAGGAGUGCCUUUCAAAAGAAACUAAUGAAACCAGUGGAAAUUAUGAAGCUGGACAACAAAAUCAAUGAGGUCUUGGCUGAUUUUACAGGUAGAAUAAGUGAGCUCUGUGAUGAGCGAGGCUGCAUUGAAGACUUGUACAGCGAGCUGAACAAAUGGUCAUUUGAAAGCAUCUGCCUUGUGCUAUAUGAGAAGAGAUUUGGGCUCCUUCAGAAGAAUGCAGGCGAUGAAGCUUUGAACUUCAUCAUGGCCAUCAAAACAAUGAUGAGCACGUUUGGGAGAAUGAUGGUCACGCCAGUCGAGCUGCACAAGAGCCUCAACACCAAGGUCUGGCAGGCGCACACUCUGGCCUGGGACACCAUUUUCAAAUCGGUCAAAUCUUGUGUCGACAACCGGUUAGAGAAAUAUUCUGAGCAGCCCAGUAUGGAUUUCAUUAGUGAUAUUUAUCACCACAAUCAGCUUUCAAAGAAAGAAUUGUAUGCGGCUGUGACAGAGCUCCAGCUGGCUGCAGUGGAAACGACAGCAAACAGCUUAAUGUGGAUCCUCUUCAAUUUAUCUCGUAAUCCCCACGUGCAACAAAAGCUUCUUAAGGAAAUUCAGAGUGUACUGCCUGAGAAUCGGAUGCCACGGGCAGAGGAUUUGAGGAAUAUGCCAUAUUUAAAAGCCUGUCUGAAAGAAUCUAUGCGGCUUACCCCGAGUGUGCCAUUUACAACUCGGACUCUUGACAAAGCAAUGGUUCUGGGGGAAUAUGCUUUACCCAAAGGAACAGUAUUGAUGCUAAAUACGCAUGUGUUGGGGUCCAAUGAAGAAAAUUUUGAAGAUUCAAGUCAGUUUAGACCCGAACGAUGGCUUCAAGACAAGAAAAAGAUCAACCCUUUUGCCCAUCUUCCAUUUGGCAUUGGGAAAAGAAUGUGCAUCGGUCGCCGAUUAGCCGAGCUCCAGCUGCACUUGGCUCUCUGCUGGAUUGUCCGCAAAUAUGACAUCGUGGCCACAGACAAGGAGCCUGUGGAGAUGCUGCACUUGGGCAUCCUGGUACCCAGCCGACAGCUCCCCAUUGCUUUCUACCAGAGAUAGGAGGCCUCAGGGCAGUUGGGCACUUAUCCGUUGGUCAGGUAAAAGUCACUAAAUGGGGCUUCCCUGGUGGCGCAGUGGU